GAGUCAGGGUGGUUAUUGAAAGCACCAUAAGUGUUCGGGUUAUUGGAAGGGAAAUAUGACCUGAAAUUUUGUUUUGGAAUUCCACUGAAAUGUUGUGAAAUAUAGUAGUUGUGAAACCACUACCAAAUGAUUUAACCAAUCAGUGGCGAGGAAAUAGGAAGAGAAAACAUGUUUAUUGAUUGCCUUUUUAAGGUCAAUGAAUAUUCAUAAAACAAGUAGAUAUAAAGUAUAUCUGUAAGUGGCUCCCACACAUAAACUGUUUAAGCUUAAAUUUACAUCAAAUGAAUGUGAGUGAAUUAAGGGGACAUGCAUUACAAAGAUAAUGUUCUCACUUUUAUGAAGUACAGGUAGUUUUUUGUCUACACAUUGUUUGCAGUUGAAUUCUCUUGAUUUAAGUAUUGCAUAUUUGAGUAAAUUAAAUUAUCAUGUGAACUAGGUACUCGUUAACCAGCUUACCAAGAAAAAGUGUUAGUUGGUUUAAUGACUAUAGAGAAAACACUAAAAUUCUGUUGAUAAUUGUGCAAAAAGUAAAUUAAAGUUAAUAGAAAAAAUCCAGAACACAGAACGAAGGAAAAACUGAGGGAAAGAUAAUUAUAAUGCACUUAAAGAAAUUUGUGCAGCGAAACUAUGAUCAUUUCAUCAGUUAGUAUGGUGAAUAUUUAAUUUAAUAGUCAGAUUUGUUUGCAGCAUGAAGUGACGUUCAUUGUUAGCUAAAGCAAAGAAAUGAAACUGAGUUGGAUAAAAAAAAUGGAAAAAGCACUCAUCACAAAAAGAUGGAAAAAUGAUAUAUCAAUAUAUAGAAAAACAUAUAAAAUAAGAUAAAAAAUACAUUAUAAAAAAAGUAAAAAGCACACAAAAAGUAAAGAUCAGAUCCACAAAUAUGACUCAUCGUGUGGCUAAAGGGAUUGGAGACAAAUACAAAGGUUUUUCCACGAUCUGCGCAAUAGGAAAAGGGACCUUUGGUCAGGUGUAUAAAGUGAAGAAAAUCGACACAAAGGAACUCUACGCUAUCAAGGUCAUUGACAUAUCAACCCUUGAUCCCAAGGACGUGGAACACUCGGAGGCCGAGGUUCGUAACCUCAAGGCGCUCUCUCACGUGAAUCUCGUGCGCUACGUGGCAGACUUUCGGGAGGACUGUGGGAGGACAAUAUGUAUUGUGAUGGAGCUGUGCGAUUGCACACUACGAUCAUAUAUGAAAAAACAGGAAUGCAAGCCAAACGAGCUGGAAGUGAACAAUCUAAUUUGUCAGGUCUCCCGGGGGCUGCAGUACAUGCACGAUAGGGAUGUCCUUCAUCGGGACAUCAAACCCACCAACAUUCUCGUCUGCGGGUUGGAAGAACCAAACCCAGUCUUCAAGCUGGCUGACUUUGGACUGGCUAGAGAUAUUAAUGUACCAGUUGAUGGCAUAACAAAGUACGUUGGCACGCGGACUUUUAUGAGCCCAGAAAUGAUCAGAAGUCAAAGCUACAACAAACCGACAGAUAUAUGGAGCCUUGCCUGCUGUUUAUACGAAGUGACUAACGGCAUUUAUAGCCUAGUCGAUGAGAGAGGAAAACCCAAACAUGAGAGAUCCUGGGAUAAUUGGACUUACUCUGAAGAUCUGAAAGCCCUCCUUCAGUCCAUGUUUCAACUGGAUCCUGAUGAAAGGCCAACUGUGAAUGACAUUCUGGAAGCAAUAGAAACAAAACGCCACUCUCAAAAAACAAGACCCGACCAGCAGGAAAUAAAAUCCGACCCUACAACUCCAAGGAAAAGCAAAGCUCGGAGCGCCAAAGCAAAAUAUUACCAUGAUCACAGUCUACCUGCUAAUUUUUCGGUGGGAGGAACAGACGAAAGUGAGCCACAAGAUACACCUAGGGACAGCUAUGUCACUGUACAAGUCCAAGUGAAAAUGUCGAAGGGUAAUGCUGAUUAUCUUAAGGCGGCAGAGCAAUGUUAUAUGAGCCUGGUAGAGAAGCUCCAUUCUGAUAAACCUGACAAAUACAUGGACCAGAUCGAGGCAGCUAUUGAUAAGACAAAGUAUCAUACAUCAGAGGACGAUUUCCUGACAGACAUGAAGCUUUUACUUCGCAAUAAGUACACACGCUGUGAAGUGUACCUGAAGAAUUACCGCAACUACAUGUCUGCUCUCUACAAGACACCUCUGAUGCCCUCGUUUCGUGGUUUCUACUCGAAGAAACGUUGAUGCUGAUUUGAAAAUGAUGAUGAUGGCUAAGGAUGAAGCUGACAGUGAUUAUAAAAAUGAUGAUGAUUCUGAUAACACUUACUUGAAGAGACGAUGACACCGAUUUAAUUGUGAUAAUCCUUAUAUGAAAAUAACUUAAACCACGACUUUAUAAAUAUAGCCUACUCAAUUAUGAUUAUGCCAAACAUGAAGAAAAUGUAAUGCAUUUUGGUUGAAGGCUCGUCUGCUUGAGGUAAUGAGGACUCCUGUUUGAUGUAGUAAUUGCAUAGAGAAACGUCAAUGUGCAUUUAAUAAUGAUGCUGCCUAGCAAAUGAUAAAGGUGCUUACUUGAUGUGAUAUAUAGUCAAUAAGGUUGAGAAAAAAUUGAUGCCUGCUUCAAUUCAUACGUGUUUUGAAAAACUUUAGAUUAUAUGCGACAUAAUUUUAGUGUUUACUUGAAGAAAUGUUUGUGGAUUCAUGAUAAUGUGAAGAAAUGUUAGUAUAUGCUUGUAGAGAUAUUAUUGUAUAUUAAACAAUAAUUUCUAACAUGAAGUAACAUAAGUCUUUACUGGUAAUUGAAAAAACAAAGUUGGACGUAGUAAGUGUAUACUUAAAGAAACAUGAGUUAGCAAUAUGGAACUUCCAAAUUGUUCAGUCAUGUAGUUUCAGAACAUAUUUAUGCAAAUAUAUAUGUAAUAGUUUAAACAAAAAACACAGUUAACCUAUUUUAUAUAUAGCCGUUGAUAUUAUGGAGCACGUUUUCUCUGUUUAUGCCCCAACCGUAUGAGGGGGAUAUAAAUUCACGCUUGUCCGUACCCCCUUCUACCCGUAUCACCUUCCGUAUUUCUAUCUUUCCAUCCUGUUUCACUUUUUGUGUCUAGCAAAAUCCCAUGUAGAGUUGAUGCUUGAGGGCACAACAGGAAUUUUACAACUUUGAAAAAAGUCUGUUUUUUUCUUUUGUGUAACGCGUAACUAAAAUCAUAUAGCUGCUAGAUAGCUAAAACUUAACAAACACAUUCAACCGAUUGUUAAGUCAUGCCCCUCCAUAUUUUGGUAAUGACUUUCUCUACAAAACCGAAGUAAGCAUAAUUUUUUGGCACGCAAAACAAAACCGUAUUAACUUUUGUGUCGUGUAACUUAUAAAGUAUUGAUUCAAGCGGGCCAGAACGUUACAAACAUGUAAACCACUACGUGAACUUGUGCACCUCUUGUUUUUAGUUAAUUUUGUUUCCCAAAAUAAGUUUUCAGACAAAAGCUGGAUGAUGGGACUUCUGUGUCCUAAAGGGACAUUUUGCUUACUUAAUGUACUAGGCUGUAUUGGACAAUUCGUUUCUGUAUUUUUAUUGUUCGAUUAUUUGCAAUAGAAUCUAUAUGUGUUCCUAUUGCAAAUUCUUAAGAACAUGUAAUUUCAAUUGAAUGAAAAAUGAUUACACUUUUUUGUUUUGUAAGUGCUUAUAUUAUGUUUCUAUUUCCGGGACAAGAUUAUUAUGUUCACUAUUUGAGUUUAGUAAAUAAUGUUACCAAAUUUAUUUGAUGUCAGUAUUUGUACUGACAAUAUAUUUGUUUUUACAAAACAUUGUCAAGAAUAACAAUUAUUCAUAUGUUAUAUUAUGAGCUUUGUAUUUAUAUGAACCAAUAUCUUGUCAAUCAUUAUGCACCGACUUCGUUAUUAUAUUGCUAUUUAAAGCUUAUUUUGUGUAUUAUGAAGGUAGUUUUAUAUAAGUUAUAUGAUUAACACACUGUGAUAUAUUGUUAUAUGUAUAUAUAUUUCUGGUCACACUAACAAGAGUUGGAACAAAAGUGACAAAACAAACAUAAAAUACAACUUUAUAUAAAGUUAAAUGAGGCAUGCAAGCUACUUCAAAUAUGCGCACGUUUGCAUGAUAAAAUCUUAACAAUAGUAAUAUUACUAUUAUAUGAAUUGUAUACAUUUUCAAAAAAAAAAUGUACCAAUGUACAACAAAUCCGAUAGCCAUAUACAUUGAUUGAAACAUAUGAAUGUUAUUAGUAACUUUAUCAUUUUAUUUAUCUUAAUUUUUGUUUCACAAAUAUGUUCUCAGUAUUGUACAAUGCCUUACAAUAUGCAUGAAAACAUAUAGGUAACUUGUAUGACGGAUUUUUGAUGUUUAAUAUAUAGGUGACGUGUAUGACAUAUUGUUGACAAUUCAAAUAUUUCAGUCAUCUAAACUAUAUGUGGAUUUUAUGCAAUUAUGAUUCGUCGAAAAUGUUAAGUUUAUUGCACUAUUAAGCAAUUGUUGAAUUAAAUUAAAUCACGUUUGAAUUUAUUUCAUUUGUUUGUUAACUAAAGACAUAUCUGUAUAGUUGUUUACCGUCAAUAAACAAUAUCUCUGAGUUUUCGUGUUUAGGAAUCAGAACACGAGAUGAUAAAGUUUUGUUUAUUCACAGAUAAAUAACAAUAAUGAAUGCGUUAUUUUGUUUCUAACAUGAUUUGAGCAAUUUUAAUCAUUUGAGCUUUUUAUGCCCCCGGUAGGGUGGCAUAUAGCAGUUGAACUGUCCGUCAGUCAGUAUGUCAGUAUGUGUGUGUGUCAGUCUGUGCGUCCGUCCCAAAAAAAACUUUAACGUUGGCCAUAACUUUUGCAUUAUUGAAGAUAGAAACUUGAUAUUUGGCAUGCAUGUGCAUCUCACGGAGCUGCACAUUUUGAGUGGUAAAAGGUGAAGGUCAACGUCAUCCUUCACGGUAAAAUGUCUAAUAUAUGGCGUCUGUCCGUUCGUCCAAAAACUUUAACAUUGGCCAUAACUUUUUCACUAUUGAAGAUAGCAACUUGAUAUUUGGCAUGCAUGUGCAUCUCAUGGAGCUGAACAUUUUGAGUGGUGAAAGGUGAAGGUCAAGGUCAUCCUUCAAGGUCAAAUGUCAAAUAUAUGGCGUCUGUCCGUCCGAAAACUUUAACAUUGGCCAUAACUAUUUCAAUAUUGAAGAUAGCAACUUGAUAUUUGGCAUGCAUGUGCAUCUCAUGGAGCUGCACAUUUUGAGUGGUGAAGGUGAAGGUCAAGGUCAUCCUUCAAGGUCAAAUGUCAAAUAUAUGGCGUCUGUCCGUUCGAAAACUUUAACAUUUGCCAUAACUUUUUCAAUAUUGAAGAUAGCAACUUGAUAUUUGGCAUACAUGUGUAUCUCAUGAAGCUGCACAUUUUGAGUGGUAAAAGUUCAAGGUCAAGGUAAUCCUUUAAGGUCAAAGGUAAAAAAAAUAUUCAAAGCGGCGUUCUCAUGAAGCUGCAUAUUGUGAGUGGUGAAAGUUCAAGGUCAAGGUCAUCCUUCGAGUUCAAAGGUCAAAUAAAAAAUCAAAGCGGCGUUCUCAUGAAGCUUCACAUUGUGAGUGGUGGAAGUUCAAGGUCAAGGUCAUCCUUCAAGGUCAAAGGUCAAAAAAAAUAUUCAAAGCGGCGUUCUCAUGAAGCUGCACAUUUUGGGUGGUGGAAGUUCAAGGUCAAGGUAAAUCUUCAAGGUCAAAGGUAAAAAAAAAUGUAUUUCAAAGCGGCGCAAUAGAGGGCAUUGUGUUUCUGACGAACACAUCUCUUGUAUUAUGCUGUUCUCAGGUGUGUAAUAUUUUUCUCCGAAGUUUACGAGUACUUUAACAAUGCUAGUUGUGGUCUGUGUCACUGUAAAUCAUUUAAUAAUAUAUAUUGAGUAUUAAAGGUUAAUAAAAUAAGGGAAAAGGGGUAUUUUUAAAAGUUCAAUUUCGUGGUUUCUUGCUAUAGAAAUGCUUUUGAAUUUCGAUUAUUUACUUGUUGAAUUUAUGAUCAGAAUGUGUUUGUUAUGCAUUAAAAUGUUAACUUAUUUCUUUGUUGUGGGAACUCGUCAAUCAAGAAAAAAGGUGCUUGAAAUGGCUUCUGUUAAUGAAAUAUGUGUAUUACUAACCUUACUAUUUCAAAAUGCUAUUAAGUUCUACAGCCCAUUGUUCUUUUGGGGCAUGUUAGAUUUAGCUUCCAGAGGUCCUGGAUUUGAAUCCCAUUGAAGAGGACAAGUUGUUCUAAGUAUUUCGUUUGUGUUAAUUGUUAUUCUUUCAAAUGUUUUACUAUUUGUGUACAAAAAAUAUAUUUUCCGUGACGAUAUUCCUAUAAGAAAACCGGUGUACUGUAUGCAUUUUAACAUGUUUAUUUUUAUAUUAUUACAUUGAAGAACUUGUUUAGUAAUAUAUGCUAUAUCCAAUAUGCUAUUUACUAGUAAAUAAAGUUGUAGUAAGAUAA